AUGCAUGCAGGACAAGUUAACUUCCUUCGAAAAGCGGAGCUUGAGCCAGGAACGGCUUAUAGGUUCAGAAUCGCUGGUAUCAAUUCAAUUGGACGAGGACCGUGGAGCGAAAUCUCUGCGUUUAAGACCUGCCUUCCUGGUUUCCCAGGUGCUCCCUCUUCUAUCAAAAUAACAAAAGGACAAGAUGGCGCUCAGCUGACAUGGGAACCUCCACAAAAUGUAGCAGGUAGAAUUUCCGAAUAUAGUGUCUAUCUGGCUGUUCGCAACACCUCAGGAGCAAGUGACAACCAGUUGGCAUUUAUGAGGCGAGUUGUGGUUUCAUUGCAAUGCUCGGCCUACCGGAUUGCGAGGCUUAUUUGCAGGGUAUAUGUUGGAGUUGAUCCGGAGUGUAUCGUCAACCAAUCUAGUCUGGCUGCAGCGUUUGUUGAUCAAAGCGCGAAGCCUGCUAUCAUCUUCAGGAUAGCUGCAAGGAACGAAAAGGGCUAUGGGCCUGCUACCCAAGUACGGUGGCUACAGGAUCAGAAACCGGUUAUGGCUCCGACAAUUGCCGCAUCCAAUGCUGCAGCACGAUACCCUGUUGGCUAUUAUUCUCAGCCGAAACGACAUCGUUUGGAUCAAUUAUGA